GUAUAUUUCUACUUUGGAGCUACAAAAUGGACACCCAAUUAGAAAGAUUGAUGCGUUUUUCAGUCGAAAAGACAAAGGAUUCCACUGAGCCAUUGGUGGUAUCAAAAGUGUUCACAGAAUACAGUAAUUACUACUAACCGUGAAAAUGAUGGAUCGUAUAACGUCUAUUAUGAUCGAUUUCACAAUCAUCUGGCACCGAAAAUGGCAAAACUUGAGGAAUACAGUAUCGUGGAGCGUGUUCGAGUGAUAUUUGGAUUCGCUGGAAAAGUUUCCAAUGAUUUUCUGAAGCAAAUUCGAAGAGAAGGAAUUGUUGAGCUCGAUAAGAAAAAACAAAUUUGUAAAUUUUCGUCGCAUGAUGGAAAGAUUCUUCUGAACAGCGACAUCCGCCAAGCUCUUCAAACCCUGCUCUCCGUAGUUUCCAACUAGAUCAAAUCGAUCAAUCGAUCUCUUCGUUUUAUAAUUAAUUCAAAUUUAAAUUUCCAGUUUUCUCUGCAUAUUUCUUUUCCUUUUUCUCUCUAUUUAUUCUUUUCUUUUGUUUUGAUCCCCCAAAUAAUGAUUUUUUGAUCCCCCAAAUAAUGAUUUUU